AUGGCCACCGACCGCGCCCGUCAUACGGUACUGCCUAUUUCCAAAUUCGGACUGAUGCAGAUCACCCGGCAGCGGCUACGCCCUGAGAUCAAUAUUGUAACCUCUGAAGUAUGCCCUACCUGUAAGGGAACCGGUAAAAUAGGCCCUUCUAUCCUGCUUGUAGAUGACAUGGAGAAGGAUGUAAAAUACCUGGCCAACCAGGGAUUGCGCGAUCUUACACUACAGGUACACCCAAUUGUAGCCGCUUACCUGGCCAAGAAAACCUUACUUACAAAAUCGCUGAUCCAGAAAUGGAACACACUUUAUAAGACCAAACUAAAGGUUACUGAAGACAGCAACGGGCCACUUACCCAAUACCUGUUUUACGACCGUAAAACGGAGGACCUGAUCAAACUUUAA